AUGGUCGUUUGUUUGGUUUGGGGGCUCACUGUUUUCUUGCUAAUAUCCGUAUGUUUCUCUCAACUAGACGACUCACAAGAAAGGCAAUCCACAUUUGAUGAUGUCGUUGUUGACCGACUAGAGAGCGAAUUUGAGCAACUGAAUGUGAACGACAAAAAAAGCAUGCUCCACAAAAUUGGAGUAUUGGGUGUUUAUUUUCGCAUCUACAAACAAUUGGUCCCGGUGGCAGGAGGUGACGCUGGGUACCUCUACCGUUUUCCUGAGCCCGUCCCUGAUUUGGAUACAAAGCUAAGCGGAAUAUGCGAAACUAGUCUAAGUGUUAGUUUAGCCGCUAUUUCUAAGAGAUAG